AUGGACUGUUUCUUAGACAUAUAAAUGUCUAUACAUAAUCUAUACAAUAAUAGUUAUUAAUCCAUAGAAAGAUUACAAAGUCAUAUUCCGGCCGUGAGUUCGUUUUGAGCUUCACAUAGCAUCGAUCAAAGGACUUUCAAUCCGUUUGAUCAGCAGCAAAAGAUCAUUCAAUCUCCAUUCCUCUGCGAGAGAAAGACGAAGAAGAAGGAAUCAAUUCCAAUAUGUCUCGUAGCAUUUCAUACAUAACUGGCACUCAGCUUCUCUCCUUCAAACGCCGGCCAAAUGUUGCCAUCAUCGACGUUAGGGACGACGAGAGGAGUUAUGAUGGCCAUAUUGCUGGAUCUCUGCACUUCGCUAGUGACAGUUUCUCUGAUAAGAUCUCUAAGCUUGUCCAAGAAGUGAAAGGGAAAGAUACGCUUGUUUUCCACUGCGCUCUUAGCCAGGUUCGUGGCCCAAGUUGCGCAAGGAAGCUUGCCAACUAUCUCGAGGGGAUUAAGGAGGAUGGUGGAAUAAAAAACAUUUGUGUUCUUGAACGUGGCUUCAAUGGCUGGGAAGCAUCUGGCCAACCCGUUUGUCGCUGCAACAACGUGCCUUGCAAGGAGGGGAUAUAGGAUUCAGAAAAUUCGUCAAAGAUCACCAUGGUUUUGAACAAGAUCAAGGAGGGGAUAUGGUAUGAUAUUGUUAAAAGAAUGUGAUUUCAUAAAUAUGUGGAAUGCUAAAGUUGCAUUGUAUAUGUUCCCAGGAUCCUUUUGCUACCAUGGUGUUAGGAUACUUCCUAACAAGAAUCAAUAUAUGAAUUCACGAAGAACUACAAUAUUAUUCAAGUCUAUGGUACUUGGUACUCCUCUCUUGACAAUAA